AUUAAAAUUAUUAUUAAUAAUAAUCAAUUAAUUUUUCUGCUAUCAAUAAUUUUGUUGUUUAUAAAAUUAUUAUUAUUAAAACAAUUGAUUUUGGCUAAGCUUAUUGAGGGCGAAAUAGACACCAAAGAGAAUUGGAUAUUCCUCACGAGAUUCUGUUUCCUAUCUCAAGACGGAGUCUUUGAAUACGAUAUCUCAUAUCCAAAGAGUUAUGCACCGCAAAACAUAUUACUAUAUUUUGACUCCAAAAAUCAGUGGCCAAAAAUCUAUAAGAAAGAUAAAUCAUGCAUUGAGAAACAUAGCCUAUUGGACAACGACAACAAUCAGAUAAUCAAUUUGACCGAAUACUCGACCAACUAUCGGGCCACUCACGCUUCGGGAUGUAAACUAUAUCGGGAACAGUACGACAACGGAACACUAUGGUAUCGGUGCAUACAUUUCCGAAAGUUUAACUCGUUUAGGGAACGUUGGUGGUUCAUUGCCAUUGAUAAUUGUCAAUCAACCCAGGGAUUACGAUUGCGCUACAAGAUUAAUAUGACCAACAAAGUUGAUGAUGGUUGGCUGAAAAAUUUUUCAGCCGAUGAAUUUUAUAUACUGCAUACGGAUCUGAUUUAUACUGUAUUAUAUUACGCCCUAUUCAUAGCCUCAUGUUUUGAAGCCUAUGCACUGGUUUCCAGACACUUGUAUCACAUAACGUAUAAAAUGUAUUUAGUAUCCGUAUUAACAGAAUGCAUUGGUAUAACAUUGUUAUGUAUUUAUUAUGGUAUAUAUGCUCAAAAAGGCUAUUCAGAUAAUGCAUUGAAAUUGUUUGGCCGUAGCUGUGAAGCCAUAUCGACAAUAGUAUUCCUGUUAUUGUUGAUACUAUUGGCUAAAGGUUUUACAGUGACCCGGGCCCGGCUCAAGAUGAGCACAUCCAUCAAAAUCGGUGUCUUUAUGACACUCUAUAUCAUUACUUAUGGCAUACUAUUCUUCUAUGAACAGGCGUACUUUGAUCCGGGAGAAGUACUCUAUCUGUAUGAAAGUCCAUUCGGUUAUGGGCUCAUUGCCCUUCGUCUGGUUGGUUGGGGUUGGUUUGUCUACGCCAUUGUCUUCACACUAAUACGUUAUCCACAGAAAUCUUCAUUCUUCACGCGAUUAUUCCUAAUGUAUAGCGUCUGGUUUAUCUCAGCACCGGUAGUCAUACUGAUAUCGACAUUUGUUGUACCGAAAUGGAUGCGCGAAAAGAUAAUAAAUGCCGUUGAAUUGCUCAUCGCUAUUGAGGCACACUUUAUAUUUUUUGUACUCACUCGACCCUCAGCUGCUAAUCAUAACUUUCCAUUUCAUGUAAGGACAACACAGAUAGCGGUAAUGGAAAAAUCGGGUCAGACAGGUGACGGUACAUUAGAUCAUUUCAAUAAUUACAAGUACGCUCCCACCCGACCCCAAACACAACAGUCCCAUACAAUAUUUGCCAUCACCACUGCCGCCAAUGGAUUGUCAACAGUUAAUACUACUGAUAAUUAUUCAUUACAUAAUAAUAAUAAUAAUAAUAAUGCAAAUAAAUAUGCAAACGGCAGUACUGGCCUACCAGUGGCUGAUAUGUAG